AUGAUCUUAUGCGACAGGGGAGUGUCCUACCUUCUAGCAGCUCAAAUUGUGGCCUCGUGGAUCCGCCCGGUGACCCGUCGCCGCCAUUAUGGACUACCACUGCGGGCCUUCGGGGCAGCCAUCCGACCAAGCAAGCAACAGCAACCGCAAGGGCGCGAAACCUCGGGCGCCAGCACCCGCGCUCCAGCAAACCAGAGCGGGACCCACCAACAUGCACAACCUGCUCCGCACACAAUGGCCCCGACAACCUCCGACCAGCAGAGCGCAACCCAACACAGGAGAACUCAGGAUGCCUGCCGUGAGGAUGACCAACAUACAGCAAAGCGGGCUACCAGAAAGCGUAACAGGCAGAGAACCCCGACAAGGAUCACCGCAGACGGAGCUUUGAUGGGGCACCAGUCCUACCCUCACCAUCGGUGCACCUGGCAAGCCUCCAUAUACCCUCACUACCGGGGUUUCCGUUUCCCAGAUGUGGGAGUCGGCUGACUGUGAUCGGGACACUGACCAAUACAGCUCCCGGCUAACCUGCAAAUUACAAGACUGGGAGAUGACCGCUCAAGACAGGGGCCGAGGCGCAGACACUCUGGUGGUCUUGAAACUUUUUAUGUUGCCUAGGUACCCUUUUACAAGCAGAGAAUGCCAUAGCUACCCGUUUAUUUAAAAAUUGUGGAUUACAUAUUAUAUGUCCCAUGGUUGAUGCCUAAGUUUCCCCCCCUUUCUUUUGUUCUCGCAUAAGCUGUCUUACUAAUUGUUAAUCUAUAUGAUUGCAUUCACCAUUAUUUUUACAUAAAUUAUUAGUUAUGUGAUGCCUCAUAGCGGCCUACAUAGGUUUCUAAUGCUGCCAGGGAGGCGCAGGCCUGAUGGGAUAACAACUGACCCCCUUUUUAUUUUAUAACUUAGCCCGGAACACUCCUGACCAGCAUAAUAGCUACCUGACGAUACAAUAACAGCCACGGCACACACCACGCAGAUUAAGCUUCCCUAUUACCAUCAACAUAUGAAUGCAAGUUAGUGGGCCCUACCCUAAUGCCUAGUUAGCUAUUAUGCAGCAUAAUACUCUUUUGGCUAGAUAGCACAACGAAUCUACUCACUGUUACGAGCAAAACUCUGCCAUGAGACCCUUUAUUGUUUUUUACUCGAAUCACUCUUAUAGAAGAUUGCUUAGAACUAGCAUGUUGACGCAGAGUGCAUCCCAGCAUAGCAUUUAGCUUAACUUUAUUCAUACACUUAGUAGAUAUGCACUCAGAUGACUGAAUACAAUAGCGAUACACAGUAUAAUGUUAACUAAGCUUGUUUCCUACCAUGUUAUUACUCAACUACCUUUAAACAUAAAAUUUGUGCCAGA